UUUUUCCUUUUCUCUUUUUAUCUUAAUAUUGUAUCAGUUUUUAGGGUUUAGUUUUUAAUUAAGGAGACAAUGAGGAAGCCUUGCUGUGAUAAGCAAGACACGAAUAAAGGGGCUUGGUCAAAGCAAGAAGAUGAGAAACUCUCUAAUUACAUCCGAAUUCACGGUGUAGGCUGCUGGCGUACUCUCCCUCAAGCUGCAGGGCUACUUCGAUGUGGGAAAAGUUGCAGGCUUAGAUGGAUAAAUUAUCUAAGGCCAGACCUUAAAAGAGGCAACUUUGCUGAAGAUGAAGAGGAUCUCAUUAUUAAGCUUCACGCACUCUUAGGCAACCGGUGGUCGUUGAUAGCCGGAAGGUUGCCGGGAAGAACCGACAACGAGGUGAAGAAUUAUUGGAACUCUCAUUUAAGAAGGAAGCUCGUAAACAUGGGUGUCGAUCCGAAUAACCAUCGGUUAAUGACUCGCAAUCUGCUUCCUCGCCCUCAAAUCCCACAUGGUGCAACUGGAAUAUUAUCCGGUGAUGCUAAUAUUCAUCCGCCGGCUAAAUUCCAACUUGAAAAUGAUCAAGUUUCCGAUGCCGGAAGCUGCUUGGACAACGCUAAUCGGCUCCCUGAUUUGAACCUGGAUCUCACCAUCAGUGUUUCAGCUGCGAACGUUGAUAAACUUGACCAUGAUGAGGGAAAAACCGGAAACAGUAUAACAAACUAGAGGACCUAUACUAUA